CCCUCCCCUCCAGUCCCUGGGACCAUCCCAGCCUGGAGAAUCCAGAGGUCAGUAUGAAAUUUCUCUCUGCAGAACCUCCCCCUUGCAGACCUCUCUGGAUACGCUCGCUGCCUCCUUUAUCCUCUCCGCUCCCUCCUUGAAUUUUUGAAAGCUUGUUGGAUCCAAAGAAGAGGGGAGGGGGCGGCGGGGAGAAAGGGGAGGGGGCGGUGAGGGGAGCCACAAGAGACGCCUCUGGAGCCCAGCAUGGACGCAAUCGGACGCGGCUAAGGAUGCCAGGGUGCAGUCGAGCUGCCCUGCCAUGUCGUCCUCCAAACGCCGAGACGCGGACGAGGUUUUCGAUUUUAAUGAUGUGAUUCCAGAGACCCAGAGGCUGGACAGCAGUUUGCAGAAGGCCCGAGCCCAGCUGUCGGCCAAGGGCAGGCGGCACCGCCCGUCCCGGUCCCGCUUGAGAGACAGCGUCAGCUCAGCGGAAGGGGAUGAGAGCCUGGAGAGGAAGGUGGCCGAUAAAUAUGGCAGCCCGCGGCACCGUCUGAGAUCCCCGCUGCACGCCACCCUGCAGGUCUCCUCUCCCCUCUCCGGCUCCUCCCCCUUCCUCCGCGCCACCGAGUUCUCCUUCGACGCCUCCGUGGUCAGGAGGACACUGGAGGAGGACGAGCAGCCUUCGUCCCCGCUGAUCCGCUACCGGCCCCUGACCAACGCUUCCUCCCAAGAGGCCUUGGAUGCCAUCCCCACCAGCUCGCCCCCCAAGUCGUGCCACAGCUCGGACAGCUCGCCCAUCUACACCCGGAGGGACCGCCGGGCCGAGCGGCACAAUGACACAAGCCCAUCAGAGCCCGCCAGCCCCACCAUUGGGCUUGACAAGAAGACCCGGAGGAAGUUCCUGGAUUUGGGGGUGACCCUGAGACGAGCCUCUUCCAGCAAAAGCAGGAAAGAGAAGGGGAGCAACCGGUUGUCCAUGGGGAGCAGGGAGCUGGCGGAGGGCUCCAGCCGCUCGUCCGUGUCCCCGUUCAUGCCCUUCUCCUGGUUCAUGGACAGUGGGAAGGGCUCGGCCUCGUCCGGCAGCACCGUCUCCCCGACCCGCUCACCCAAGAGGGAGGGCUUAAGCCCCAAGAAAUCUGCCUCCCAGGACUCCACCCUGAGCGACGACUCCACCCCACCCAGCAGCAGCCCCAAGACGCUGAGCAGCGGUGCCAGCGAGACGAAAUGCUCCUACCCCUACCACACGCUGUCCCAGUCCUCCGACGAGUUCCUGGACGAGCCCCUCAGCGCGGCCACCAGCUGGAGCAGCCAGCAAGUGGGCCAGUGGCUGGAGAGCCUGAACCUGGAGCAGUACGUGGGCGAGUUCGCAGCCCGCGAGGUGGAUGGGCAGCAGCUGCUGCAGCUGGAUGGAGCCAAGCUGAAGGCCCUCGGCGUCAGCAGCUCCACCGACCGGGCCCUGCUGAAACGGAAGCUGAAGGACCUGAGCGUGGCGGUGGAGAAGGAGCGGAAAGCCCAGGAGAAGGUGGAGAAGCAGAGGGAGAAGCAGAAGCAGAAGAAGAAAGAGCAGGAGCCGCAGCGGAGGAGUUAGGGAGGGCGAGUUGGCACACGGCUCCCGGCGCGGGGAGGGACAGAAGGAGACCGCCCCCGCUCAGGCGAGGGGGAAUCGGGCGUACGGACCGGGAGACACACCGGACCCCACAGGGGAUCAGCCCAGGUGCCAGUCUUUGGCUUGGGGCGGCACCGCCACGGAGCCCGGACCUUCCAGCCGCCUCCUGGAUCCCUGCUGGCCCCAGUAGAUGAGCAAACCCCUCCCCCACGCUGCCCAUCCACUCCGCCACGCACGGGGCUCCUGGCACUGCUGGACCCGGCCCCACAGCUGGCUAGCGGUUGGCACCCGCCCGUGGGCUGCAGCUGGCGCGGCUUCCCCCUCCCGGCUUCCCUGCUGACCUCCGUCUGCUCCCGAUCGGUUCCAGUCACCGAGGCGCCUUCCUGCUCCAUGCUGAUUGGCUGUCCUACCUCACCGGCCCCCCGUUUCCCUUAGCCCAUGGGCACCACUGCUGCUCCCCACUCCCUCCUGAAAAUGACGGCUCGGCCCCGAUGGGCCCGCAGGACGAAGAUAGUGCAUGGCGUUACCCCUCCCCCACCCACAAGUGAUCCCAGGUUGCGCUUGGGGUCCCCGGGCACCCUCCAGGGGCCAGGAUCGACACAGCCCGGACUAGCAGGGCCCGGCCAAUUUAUUCCGAGAGCACAGACACCGACCCAGGGAGAAACCACGAAGGAAAUAAAACCGAUUGCAACCAGC